AUGUCUGCCAUCGGACGCCUUCUGAUCGCCGCGGGCGCGGCCUUCGCCGUGGUUGCGGCGGCAGCCGUCGCGCUGGCACUGAACGACGACCGGCCCGCGCCCGAACGCUUCGUGCCGUUGCGCGCCCCCGUUCGGGCGCCCUACCCGGGGAUCUCGCUACGGGGAUUGGUAGCGCCCUGGCGGGUCGCCCUGCAGGUCGGCCAUCUGCACACGGACCAGUACCCGCCCGAGCUGGCGCAUCGACGCACGGCGACCGGCGCCAGCGCCGCCGGCGUGUCGGAAGUCGACGUCAAUCAGGCCGUGGCGGAGGCGGCCGCCGCCCUGCUGCGCCAGCGUGACAUCGACGUGGUGCUGCUGCCGGCGACCGUCCCCCCCGAGUUCGACGCCGAUGCGUUCGUGUCGAUUCACGCCGAUGGCGGCGCCAGCUCCGGCUACAAGGUUUCACCGCCGUGGAGGGCCUCCUCCGCAUCCCGCCGACUGAGCGCCCUGCUGCGCGAGCACUACGGGAAGGUUACCGGGAUGCGCGAGGACCUGAACGGGGUGACCUACAACAUGCGGGGCUACUACGCCUUCGGCGGCCGAUUUCGGCAUGCCAUCGCGGUCACCACCCCCGCGGCGAUCCUGGAGAUGGGCUACCUCACCGACCCGAGGGACCGCGCAUUCCUGGUGGCCCAUCCCGAGCGGGCCGCACGCGCCAUCGCCGACGGCGUGCUGGCGUUCCUGGAGGAGCGCGAUCCGCUGGACCCGACGGCGGUCAUCCCGCCCGCACCGACCGUCCGCUGGCCUGCCGGCAGAUCGGUGCCACUGCACGCCGCGCCGACCCGGGACUCCACCGUCCGCUCCUACGUGCGGCCCACGGAUCUGCUGCUCGCCCUGGGUCGUGACGGCGACUGGUACGACGUUCGCGUCCGCGGCAGCUACCCGCGACUUCGGCUGGAUCCACGCCGAAGAUCUGACGAGUGGGGAGCGGCAACCUUGACCACGCACUAG